AUGCCCACAUCAUUAUCCAGCCAUAACGCAGGAAGGCGGGAUUAGUCAGAAUGCAGCUAGGAAAUAAAGAAACCAAGAGACUAGCUUCCUUCCUACCUAGCGAGCAAGAAGCGAGUGUGUCUGAGUGACCGUAGAGGAUUUCAUCUGACUUUAGCAUCAAUCCAACACGUCCAUUGUGUUCAGUGCGUCCAGCUUUCAGUGAUGGCAGCCAUGAAGGCUGAUGGAGGGCCGACGGAGAACAUCGACAUCUACGCAGAUCUAAACACCGAGGAGGCUGGAGACCUUUUGGAGGCAGAAGCUGAUGCUCUUUAUGACGAUGUGUUGACUGGAUCAGUGGACAGCGAGAGCACUCCGGGGAAGCAGGAGUGUAAGGAAGAUGGGAUGUUGGUGGAGGAAUGUAAUGGAGGAAAACGCUUCUCUGUUUACAUCGGCAACUUUAACUGGUGGACAUCAGACGGUGAUCUGAUAGCGAUGGCACGUAAGCAGGGAGUGACCGACAUCGUAGAAGUUAAGUUUGCAGAGAACAGGACUAAUGGUCAGUCUAAAGGCUAUGCUGAGCUAGUUGUGUCCACAGAAGAGUCUUUAAAGCGUUUAUUAGAGUCCAUGCCUCAGUGCAAGAUCAACGGUGAAAAAGUGGAGUGUCGUCAUGUUUCGCGGAGAAACCUGGCUGAUUUUGAAGCUCAGUCCAGAAGACGAAUACCUCUGCGCCUGGCUCCUAAAGGUGAUUUGGAACGAUCCGAAGCAAGAAGUUCAUCCACUCCCUCUCCAUCAGACCUGCAGUCUUUACCUUUGCCUCUGAUGUUUCCUCCAACCAAACCCCCUCCCCUCAUCCCCUCAUUUUACAAUACUCCUCCUCCUCCUCUUCCUCCUCCUCCUCUUCCUCUUUUUAACACUCCUCCUCCCCUUUUCCAUCCACCGUUACCUUAUACACGCAUCCCCAACGCACACAACCUAAACACAUACAACCUAAACGCACACGUCCCCAAUGCACACAUCUCAAACGCACACGUCCCCAAUGCACACAUCUCAAACGCACACGUCCCCAAUGCACACAUCUCAAACGCACACGUCCCCAAUGCACACAUCUCAAACGCACACGUCCCCAAUGCACACAUCUCAAACACACACGUCCCCAAUGCACACAUCUCAAACGCACACGUCCCCAAUGCACACAUUCUCAGUGCACACACUCACAACUCACACACAUCCUCACUACACAUCAACCCCGCCUUCUUCCCCGUGAGUCCAGCGACAUGCAGCAGCAACAACAGCAGCAACAAUAACAGCAGCAGCGACAACAACAGCAGAACAAGAACAGCGUUCAGCCGGCCGCGUAAUGCAGUUUUUGAGGAGCUGAUAAACAGGAACAGGACGAUUGCGAGCAGCGCCAUCACUAAAGCCAUUUCUGCAGCUACAUCAGGUGACAUCCGGAUGGCUAUAGAGACCCUGUACACAGCCACAGCGGUCAUCAAACAGUCUCGUGUGUCUAAUGACAAGCGCUGCCGCAUGCUAGUCAACUCUCUUAAUGACUGUCUCAACUCCAUAGAGACCAAAUGUUUCCCAAGUAAGAGACACCGUUCUCAGGAGCGAGCGAGUAGCCGAUCGAGGGAGCGAUAUCGAGAGCGCUCAUCCAGCACAGACAGAGAGAGGGACAGAGAGAGAGAGAGGGAGCGAGGGCAUGACCGAGAGCACAGAGACAGGCAUUGAUGUAAUGUUUCCUGACAUGGAGGAGUCACGUGGCUCACGUGUGUAUGUAGAGGUCCAACUGAACGUCAUGGCACACGCUCUCCUCUCCUCCAGGAUCGAGACAUUUCGGUGGCUUUUCUAGCUGAAACCGUAGAAAGUGAAGAUUUGAUUUGAAAUUCAAGCUGUUUCCUGGCUCACUGACCAAUCAUGCUGCAGCAAAGCCUCGGUUUACUUCAUUCUAAUACAUUAAUGUGUUAAGACCAUGUUUUUAUUUUUCACCUCCUCCUCAAUUUUGUAAUGAAAUGACAAUUACAUGUAAAAUAAUCAUUAAAAAAAACAGUAUUCCACUGCUGGUGUGUUGUGACAGCCUGCAGGACAAUCCAUGACCCAUUAAAUACAUAAAAUUCA